AUGGUACAUUUAUCUCUCGACUCGACCAUCAAGCUGCCCAGCGGCAACCUCAUUCCCCGCCUCGGCUUCGGUGUCUACCAAGCUCGCUCGAAGGAGUGUGAACAGGCGGUAAUGAAGGCCGCAGAGGCUGGCUACAGACACGUGGAUUCGGCUCAGGGCUAUCACAAUGAAGAUCCCGAAGAGGUUCUGCAGGUCCUGCGAAAGUCUAUCAAAAAAAUCGAUCGGUCGGGUGAAGGAGAGCCAUACAUCGACUUGAUGCUGAUACACGCACCCUGGGGCGGAGAUGAAGGGCGGAGGAACAAUUGGGAGGCGCUGGGCCUGGCACAGAAGGAAGGCUGGGUCAAAGAUAUCGGAGUGUCCAACUUUGGGGUUGCCCAUCUUAAAUCUCUACCUGGACCUCUCCCAGCAGUCAACCAGAUUGAGCUGCACCCUUUUUGCCAACAGCGCGACAUCGUUGAAUACUGCCAAGAGAAAGGCAUCGCUAUCGAAGCUUAUUCGCCCCUCAUGAGAGGAGAGGAGAGAUAUUGGAAUCACCCUGUCUUGGUCAAAAUAUCAAAGAAGCACAAGAAAGAUGUAGCUCAGAUCGCUAUCCGAUGGAGCUUGCAAAAAGGGUACGUCGGCGUCCUAUCGUCUUGCGAUCGCGCGUGCUUACCAUACACCGCCAGUUUCAUCCCAUUGCCCAAGUCUGUCACACCAGCCCGUAUCCAAUCCAAUGCCGAUGUGUUUGACUUUGAACUCAGCAGCGAGGAGAUGGUAGAGAUUGACGGACUCGAUAAGGGCACGGAAGGCGCCAUCACCUGGAAUCCAGUUAAUCACGAAUAAGACAUGCUCUGCUCGACGACCACUUUAUAUAUCAUUAAGGAUGCAUUGAUGUCAAGAGAUCCC